AUGGCUGAUGAGGGCGCGUUAGCAAAUCAUUAUCAGGUGCUCGAGGAGCUUGGGAGCGGAAGUUUCGGGGUCGUGUACAAGGCCAUCGAGAAGGCGACCGGGGAGAUUGUCGCGAUCAAACAUAUCGAUCUCGAGUCGAGCGACGAUGAUAUCCAGGAAAUUCAACAGGAGAUCUCGGUGUUGGCUACGUGCGCGAGUCCCUACGUUACACAAUACAAGACUAGUUUCCUGAGAGGACAUAAGCUAUGGAUCGUGAUGGAAUACCUAGGUGGAGGCUCUUGCCUUGACUUGCUUAAACCAGGGCCAUUCAACGAAGCACAUAUCGCAAUCAUCUGCCACCAACUUCUGCUAGGUUUAGACUAUCUGCACCAUGAAGGGAAAAUUCAUCGUGAUAUAAAAGCCGCCAAUGUCCUCUUGUCGCAGACGGGAAAAGUUAAGCUUGCGGAUUUCGGGGUCGCAGCGCAACUCACAAACAUCAAAUCCCAACGGAAUACCCUUGUCGGGACUCCAUUCUGGAUGGCGCCGGAAGUCAUUCAGCAAGCGGGAUAUGACUUUAAAGCCGAUAUUUGGUCGCUUGGUAUUACUGCGAUGGAGAUGAUUAAUGGAGAGCCUCCGCACGCGAGCACACACCCGAUGAAAGUGUUGUUUCUCAUCCCGAAAGCGCCUGCUCCCAGGUUGGAAGGGAACAAGUAUAGCGCUCAUUUCAGAGAUUUUAUUGCCCAAUGUCUAAUCAAAGAUCCGGAUCGACGGCCUACCGCAAAAGAACUACUGAGGCAUAGAUUCAUCCGAGGAGCGGUGAAAACGGAACCUUUGCAAGAAUUAAUCCAGAGGCGUCAGGAAUGGGAGGCAACCAAGGGAGUUUCAGAUAACGUGAAAUACUACGCAGAAUCAUUGUAUGGAGCUACUCCAGAAACUCGGGCAGUUGCAGGCGCUAACAGCCAGAACAGGAAUACCAUUACUCGUAGCGAUGAUGACGAUGGUUGGGUAUUCGAUACUGUCAAGCCUGGUACUAUAGCUUCCGCAAAGAAUACCCAGAAGCGAUUAAGGGCCGCAACACACUCCCUCGAAGACCUUGACGAGGUUGCUGAGACGAUGGACCAUCUUGACGUUACUGAGCCCACGUCCGAGCCAAAACCUGUGAGAAACUCGACUGUGAGACGGACUUCCGUUUUGGAGCGGACAUCAUCCAUCAGACGAUCAACUAGCAAACGAAAAUCGAGCGGUGCAAAGCAACCCUUAGGAGUUGACCUCACAUUUGGCAACAGCCCAUCCACGGUAAGGCAAUUCCGCCGCCUCUCCGAUAGAGAGGACUGCGAGAAUGAAAUUUCGGGCACUAUUCCCGGAAUGGAUGAAACCCAUGCUCCGAAAACGCUGUUCUCCCCCGAGCCACAAAGCAAGGAAGCUGCGAUUGGUAGAAGGAUGUACAGCUGCGGUGUCGGACUGGCAUGCCAGGAGGCAUUGGCGAACACAUGGGACCAAGACAAAAGAGAGGCCAUUUCACGGCUCGCAGAAGCCUGGAGCGAGCUUGAAAUGGUUGACCCAGAGGGUCUCUAUCAGAUUGUCAAGGCGUCCUAUGAAAAACUUCAAGUAGACCCCAAAACCGCCGGCGCUCUUUCCAAGCCUGCUCCAAUUGAAUCUCCGCAAAGACCAAAGCUAAUGCUUGCUCAAAACAACCCGCACCUUAAGAGCCAUAAGAGACGCCAGUCAGCACAGCUUGCAGCGGAACAGCCAUGGUAUCUUGGAAACCCGAAGCUUCCAGGCCAGUCAGUUCCUGGCAUGGAGCAUACCAAGCAGCUUGCUGACGUUCUCUAUGGCCGUUGGAGUGAAGGUUUGCGGAACAGAUGGGCGGCUCCCUAA